CCUAGCCGAGGCAUUCAUGCCGGCUUUCAGCCACAUCACUUUUCCGAGGUCACUGAGGAGGAAGACGAUGACGUUCUGUCUUAUCCUACUACCAAAAUAGUUCGUGGUCAUGCAGGCCUGUCAGAUCGAGCCGGUCUUUCAGUUCCCUUGCGUCCGGGCUUAUCGCCAUCCAAUAUCGCCGUGUCCAGUUUGCCCGUACCAUUUCCCCAACGUUCAGACGCCCAGGCAACUCGUUUACAGUGCCCGACUGGGAGUCUGCUUGGGUCUCCACCUAGUGCCUCAGAAUCCACUAUUGCCGGAAUUAGCCUCGGUAAUGGAGUUGGACUCACAGGUGCCACCGGCACUUUGCCUUCGCGGCCAAAUUCUAGUAGUUCAGGCCACCUUAGUGGUCUUGCUACAGUACAAGAGAUUGGAUCAACCACUGAUGCCAAUCCCUCUUCACUCGUGAGGCCUGGCAUUCGAGCCCGUCUUUCCAGCGACGAGGCAAGACGGCCAAUGGCCCAUUUUACAGCCUCAGGCAUUUCCAGACCACCUGGGGGAGAAACGGACGACUAUGAUGCCUCUGUAUGGCCAGAUCUGCCUCCUACUAACUGCUAA